AUGCAGGCGCGCAAGAAAUAUGUUCUUCUGGGCUUGUGUACGUUCUGCUGGCUGCUUUUCUUUUACUUCGGUAGGGGAGUCCAGCUACCUGCACGUCUGCUCCGGAUGUUGACAGGCCAGCAUGAGGUGGCGCGACCCUGGCCCAACUGGACCGACCGGGCGUUCCUCCCCUGCUACGCCCACCUGAAUGAUCUCCAGACAGACCCAGGGACGUCGGAGUCGCCCCGGCAACGCCGACAAGCGUGGUCGGUUAUCUACAAGGACAGCCACUGCCGCAUGGAGACUUGCUUUGACUUUUCGCAGUGUCGGCGCCGAGGACUGGAAGGAUUCCGGGUGUACGUGUACCCCUCGGAGAAAAACGAACGGGUUUCCGAAAGCUAUAAAAAGAUCUUGACGUCGAUAGCGGAGUCACGCUACUAUACGUCGGAUCCGCGGGAAGCGUGUUUGUUCGUCCUAGGGAUUGACACUUUGGAUCGGGACCAGUUGUCAGGGCAGUUCGUGCCCAACGUGGACGAUCGGAUUCGGGGUUACCCUCUUUGGAAUGACGGGCGUAAUCACCUCAUUUUCAACCUUUAUUCAGGCACGUGGCCCAACUACACAGAGGACUUGGGAUUCAACAUCGGUCAAGCUAUCCUAGCAAGAGCUAGCCUCAAUACCGAACAUUACCGACCUGGUUUUGACAUCUCCAUCCCGCUCUUUUCAAAAGAACACCCACAAAAAGGCGGCGAACGAGGGUGGUUGGUCCGGAACACCACCCCGCCUCGGAGGAAGUACCUGCUCAUGUUCAAAGGGAAGCGUUAUCUGACUGGCAUCGGCUCUGAUACGAGAAACGCGCUUCAUCACAUUCACAACGGGAAGGACAUUGUGUCAUUGACAACGUGCCGACACGGGAAGGACUGGGAAAAACAUAAAGAUGCCCGGUGUGACCAUGACAACUUGGAGUAUGAGAGGUUUGACUACCAGGAGCUGCUCCACAACUCCACUUUCUGUCUGGUGCCUCGAGGUAGACGCCUAGGUUCCUUCCGCUUCCUUGAGUCCUUACAGGCGGCGUGUAUACCUGUGUUGCUAAGCAACGGUUGGGAGCUGCCAUUUUCUGACGUCAUACAAUGGAACCAGGCCGUCAUUGAAGGCGAUGAGAGACUACUAUUGCAGGUGCCGUCCACAGUGAGAGCCAUCGGAAAUGAGCGAGUUUUGGCUCUCAGACAGCGAACGCAGAUGUUGUGGGAUGCCUACUUUUCAUCCGUGGACAAAAUCGUCCUCACCACACUGGAGAUCAUUAAGGAUCGAGUAUUUUCUCACAUAUCAAGGAACAAAUACAUGUGGAACUCCCUGCCCGGGGGUCUACUCGUGCUGCCGGAGUAUUCCACUCAUCUUGCGCAUUUUCCUUUCUACUACCUGGGGUUAGGUAUCAGUCCAAAUCAGGAGUUUACCGCGGUAAUCCAUGCCGUCUCGCCAUUGGUGUCGCAGUCACAGCCAAUCAUGAAGUUGCUUCAGAUGGUGUCCAAGUCAAAGUAUUGCUCACAAAUCAUCAUCCUAUGGAACAGCGAGAAAGCGCCCCCCAGUCGCAGCAAAUGGCCUCCCAUGCCUGUCCCCCUCACCGUGACGGACGGCAAGCGAAAGACCACCAGUCGCUUCCUGCCUCACGUUGCUAUAGAAACCGAUGCGGUGCUCAGUCUGGAUGAAGACACGGUGCUGUUGACCAGCGAGGUGAACUUUGCUUUCCUGGUGUGGCGAAGCUUUCCCGAUCGGAUAGUGGGUUAUCCACCCCGCAGCCACUUUUGGGAUCCUUUAAAGCAAGCCUGGGGCUACACCUCCAAAUGGACCAAUGACUAUUCCAUAGUCCUGACUGGGGCUGCCUUCUACCACAGGUACUACCACUACCUGUUCUCGCACUACCUGCCGCAGUCUUUGAGAACACUGGUGGAUCAUUCGUCCAACUGCGAGGACAUCCUAAUGAACUUCCUGGUUUCGGCUGUCACCCACCUGCCGCCCAUCAAAGUGGCACAAAGGAAGCAAUACAAGGAGUUGCCCGGCCCACAGGUACAGAGAAUGGACAUACUCAUGGUAUUUUUGUUGCUGAAAAUAUUGUCAGGCCAGAGCACCAAGAACGUCCCUUGGGCCAACCCGGAGCAUUUCAACCAGCGCCAGGAGUGUGUCAACACCUUCGCCAGCUGGUUUGGCUACAUGCCUCUGGUCCACUCUCAAUUUCGUUUGGACCCCGUCCUCUUCAAGGAUCAAGUGUCGGUCUUCCGCAAGAAGUACAAAGACCUCGAGAGGGCGUGA